UUUGACCCAAAUAAUAAAACCCAGACUCGCAACGUUUUUGUGAUGGGGAAAGAGAAGAUGGACCGAAUUGAUGCAGUAUUAUUUGAUGAUGAUGAUGAUAAGGAAGAAUUCAGAAAAUCAUACGAAAGAGUCAGAAAACUUUCAUCGGAAAAGCAAAAGGGCGUUGCCAAAACUUUUCCAGAGGUAAUUGCUUCCCUAAUUAGUGAUUCAACCCUUGAUAAUGAUAAUCCAAUUUCUGUAUCUGAUGAAUCACAAGUUGUCUUCACAGAGAUGGGAGAUUUUGUCUGGGGUCUUCAGUUUGAUAAAUUAGAACAACAAAAACCUAGUGUUGAUGUGCAACCAAAACAGAAAAAGGAACUUUCUGUAAAAGAGGAGAAAUUUGAAAUUAAACCAGAUAAGACGAUACGUGAAGUUCCAAUAGGGAAGGGUUUGUCAGAGGCACUCAGAUUUUUGAGAGAAAGAGGUUCACUUAAGGAGGGAGAUAUUGAAUUGGCUGGUCGAAACACGGAUAAGAAGAAAAACAAGCUCGUUAGCGUUCGUUGUGGUGAUGAGAAAGUGGGAAAAGAGAUACACAUUAACAGGACUGAUGAAUUUGGGCGAAAUCUAACUCCAAAGGAGUCUUUUCGGUUAUUUUCACAUCAAUUUCAUGGGAAGGGGCCAGGAAAGAAGAAGCAAGAGAAACGUAUACGGCAACACCAGAAGGAACUGAAGAUGAAAAAUCCAUUACUAUCUGUGGAGAGGAUGACAAAAUCUCAGGCGCAACUUAAAAUUCCACAUCUUGUUCUAAGUGGACAUAUUCAACCAGGGCUUGCUACAGCUGACAAGGGCAUGCUUGGUGAUAAGAAGGUUGGACAUUUUUCGGGCAUAAAACGCAAGUCUGAUUCAGGACAAUAUUCGCGCUGCCAUAAAUUCCGCAAUGUAUUUAUGUUGGCAAAAAGGAAAAUGGUGGCAUGCAUGAUUUCAAGUUUAUCUCUCAACCAUAUUACCUCUAAGUCAUCCCUUUAUUUGAUCUUUUUGCUUGUGAGCUAUACUAUUGGACAGAUCAUAUACUAAAAAAACAAAAAAAGAUACACUCGAUGGUCAUAAAACUCAUGAGUACUAUUGUGUGAAAAUUGUCAAAUUGUUCUUAAUGUAGUUGUUCACAUCCAUGAUGUCGAGUUCUGUCAACAAUAUCAACUUUGUAUCAGAAUACAGUGAAAAGAUGAACGAAGCACUUGUCGAAGUUAAUUGACAUUCAGAUGACUACAGAAAGAUUUGUGUCCUUGCGACUAUUUUAAAAGAAUCUCUCGAUAUGUUUUUCAUUUAGAUAAAUUUAUUUAACUUACUGUAAUCCUAUUAUAUGUACACUCAUGCAUAUCAUCUUAGUUUUUUCUCCAGAGUUUUACUCAAAAGUUGCCUGCGGUCCUUUCACUCUAAGAGUAAGCUUAGUUAGCACUCUAUUAUUGAAGUUAAUAUUGGAAACUUACAGGCAAUUCUAACAUUUAGGAUAGACCAAAAAACCAAUAGAUUAUUCUAAGAAAUUACAUAUAAUAGCUUCAUCUUUACAAUCUGG